CUUGCCAUUGUGAAGAACAAGAACCUCCACUCGCCCAUGUACUUCUUCGUUUGCAGUCUAGCAGUGGCCGACAUGUUAGUGAGCGUGUCCAAUGCAUGGGAAACAAUAGUCAUUCACCUGCUGGCAAACAGGAGCUUGGUGAUUGAGGAUCACUUCAUCCGUCAGAUGGAUAACAUCUUCGAUUCUUUCAUCUGUAUCUCCGUGGUGGCGUCUAUGUGGAGCCUGUUAGCGAUCGCAGUAGAUCGCUAUGUGACUAUCUUCUAUGCUCUGCGUUAUCAUAAUAUAAUGACCGUUUGGCGAGCUGGUAUUCUCAUCGGUAGCAUCUGGAUCUUCUCCACAGGUUGUGGGAUCAUCUUCAUCAUCUACUCUGACACGAAGCCUGUGGUGGUGUGCCUGGUGGCCAUGUUCUUUUCCAUGCUGCUGCUGAUGGCGUCGCUCUACAGCCACAUGUUCCUGCUGGCUCGUUCACAUGUCAAACGCAUGGCAGCAUUGCCGGGCUAUAACGCCAACAUCAGGCAGAGAGCUAGCAUGAAGGGUGCCAUCACCCUCACCAUACUACUGGGCAUCUUCAUCGUGUGCUGGGCGCCAUUUUUUCUCCAUCUCAUCCUCAUGAUCUCCUGC